UUUUGAAAAUUCGGAAAACAUCGAUAACGAUAACAAUUCAACGCGUUCACCUGUGAAUGCCAGGGCUGCCAACUGUGAAAUAAUUGCAAUUAACCAAAUAUUAAAAAAUAGUUAAAAGUUCGAUUUGGCUUGAGUAAACAUUAAAUUUGGGCAAAUAUGAAUAUUGUGCGCUUGGGCUGCACGCGUGGCGUGCUGAAAAAUCCAUUGUCCACGCAAUGGAAUAACAUAAUCAGGGCUACCGCAAUGACGGCUGUCAAUUGGAAUGCCCUCAAUGCCGUUAGAACGGCAACAGCGACAAGCUCUCGCAAAAAUUUCGCCAUUUUGCAGAGUUCAAUUCCAGUUAUAAACUCGAUACGCAACUAUACGUGCAAAUCGAUCGGCGGCAGCAUGGAGGAACAUUGUGUAGUGCCCGAUGUAAUUGCCAAGGCGCCCAAGGGCACGGCUUCCGUUGAAUAUGCCGGCGGCAUAAGCGUGCAGGCCGGCAAUGUGCUGACCCCCACCCAGGUCAAAGAUCAGCCGUGCGUCAAAUGGGAGGCGGAUGCGUCGAAGCUAUACACGCUCUGCAUGACCGAUCCGGAUGCGCCCAGUCGCAAGGAUCCCAAGUUCCGCGAAUGGCAUCACUGGCUCGUCGGCAAUAUACCCGGCAGCGAUGUGGCCAAGGGCGAGGUGCUCUCCGCCUACGUGGGCUCUGGCCCGCCGCCCGAUACCGGCCUGCAUCGCUAUAUCUUUCUGAUCUUCGAGCAGAAGUGCAAGCUCAACUUCGACGAGAAGCGUCUGCCCAACAACAGCGGCGACGGACGUGGCGGCUUCAAGAUAGCCAAGUUCGCCGAGAAAUAUGAUCUGGGUGAUCCCGUCGCUGGCAAUUUCUACCAGGCCGAGUACGAUGACUAUGUGCCCAUUCUGUACAAGCAGCUGGGCGCCUAAGACCAAGAGUUUUCCUUGCAUUUCUCUAGAUUACAUAAUGUGAAGCACAUUUGUUUUUUUUUUUUAUUAACUUGUAAUUUGAAAUUGUAAUUGGAGCCAGAUUCGAAUCAUAGACGAAGGUCUGUUUGGCAAUAAAAAUUGCGGCAGCUGCAUUUUGAAUAAG